AUGUCAUCCCAGGGGUUUUCCCGUCCGAAGUACGGCAUGCAUUCAUGUCGGGAAGAAAUCAACGUUCUCAAACAGUUGAAGACCUGCAAGAGCGUGUUGCUGUAUAAGAAGGGAGAUCCACAUGACGCCGGAAACUAUCGCCUAAUCUGCUUACUCUCCGUCAUGUACAAGCUCUUCACAAAAGCGAUCCUAUACAGAUAUGAAAAAGUGCUAGAUGAAGGACAGCCAUGCGAGCAAACAGGGUUUCGCAAGGAAUUCAGCACAACUGACCACAUUCACACUGUUUCGAAACUCAUCGAAGUAUCACGAGAGUACAAGAUGCCGUUAUUUCUCACCUUUGUAGACUUGAAGAAGGCCUCUAAACCAGUUUAG